UCUAGACAAAAAAACUAUUUUUAUUCAGUAUGAAUUUUCUGAAAUUUAAAGAGAGAGACAAGAGUAAACUUAAAAGAAAAUAAAUGAAGAUGCUUAGAAAGUAAGCAGUCAACUCUUUUUUGAUGAGGACAAUUCAGUGAUGUUAAAUCCUGGUUGUGGUCCUAAAGCCUAGACUCUCUUUUGAUGGGCCUGAUAUUAAGGGAAGUAGCGACCUUUUGUGCAUUUAACUCACAGAUGUAGAACUGCAGCCAUCAGUAUGAGUAGCUUAAAAGAGGAAAUAAAGAAGUUUUCAACUAAAUCUAAAAGUACAGAGAUUUUUUUUCCUGCUGAGGUUUUAAAAGCUUCUCCAUAACCAUUGAAAAAGAAUUGACAACUAUUUUAAAAGAUUAAAGAAAGGCAGAUGUCUGCAAACAAUUCCCCUCCAUCAGCCCAGAAGUCUGUAUUACCUGCAACUCUUCCUGCUGUGCUUCCAACCUCUUCUUCAAGUUCGAGUCCGAAGACAGGACUCUCUGCCCGGCUCUCUAAUGGAAGCUUCAGUGCCCCGUCGCUCACCAACUCCAGAGGCUCAGUGCAUACAAUUUCAUUUCUAUUGCAAAUUGGCCUUACACGGGAGAGUGUUACCAUUGAAGCUCAGGAACUAUCUUUAUCUGCUGUCAAGGAUCUUGUGUGCUCCAUUGUUUAUCAGAAGUUUCCGGAAUGUGGAUUCUUUGGCAUGUAUGAUAAAAUUCUUCUCUUUCGCCAUGACAUGAACUCAGAAAAUAUUUUGCAGCUGAUUACCUCAGCAGAUGAAAUACAUGAAGGAGACCUAGUUGAAGUUGUUCUUUCAGCUUUGGCCACAGUAGAAGACUUCCAGAUUCGUCCACAUGCUCUCUAUGUACAUUCUUACAAAGCUCCUACUUUUUGUGAUUAUUGUGGUGAGAUGCUCUGGGGACUGGUACGUCAGGGUCUAAAAUGUGAAGGCUGUGGAUUAAAUUAUCAUAAACGUUGUGCCUUCAAGAUUCCAAAUAACUGUAGUGGAGUAAGAAAGAGGCGUCUGUCAAAUGUAUCUCUGCCAGGACCUAGCCUCUCAGUCCCAAGACCUCUACAAACAGAAUAUGUUGCCCUCCCCACUGAAGAGUCACAUGUUCACCAAGAACCAAGUAAGAGAAUUCCUUCUUGGAGCGGUCGCCCCAUCUGGAUGGAGAAGAUGGUGAUGUGCAGAGUGAAGGUCCCGCACACGUUUGCCGUUCACUCUUACACCCGCCCCACGAUCUGUCAGUACUGCAAGCGGCUACUGAAAGGACUCUUCCGCCAGGGGAUGCAGUGCAAAGAUUGCAAAUUCAACUGCCAUAAACGCUGUGCAUCAAAAGUGCCAAGAGACUGCCUUGGAGAGGUUACUUUCAAUGGAGAACCUUCCAGUCUGGGAACAGAGUCAGAUAUACCAAUGGAUAUUGACAGCAGUGACAUGAACAGUGAUGGUAGUAGGGGUUUGGACGACACGGAAGAACCAUCUCCCCCAGAAGAUAAAAUGUUUUUCCUGGAUCCAUCUGAUCUCGAUGUGGAAAGAGAUGAAGAAGCUGUGAAGACAAUCAGUCCAUCAACAAGCAAUAAUAUUCCGCUAAUGAGGGUCGUACAAUCCAUCAAGCAUACAAAGAGGAAGAGCAGCACGAUGGUGAAAGAAGGAUGGAUGGUCCAUUACACCAGCAGGGACACCUUGAGAAAGAGGCAUUAUUGGAGACUUGACAGCAAAUGUCUCACAUUGUUUCAAAAUGAAUCUGGAUCAAAGUAUUAUAAGGAAAUUCCACUUUCAGAAAUUCUACGCAUAUCUUCGCCACAAGAUUUCACAAACAUUUCACAAGGCAGCAACCCACACUGUUUUGAAAUCAUCACUGAUACUAUGGUGUACUUUGUUGGUGAGAACAGCGGGGACAGCUCCCACAAUCCUGUUCUUGCUGCCACUGGAAUCGGACUUGAUGUAGCACAGAGCUGGGAAAAAGCAAUUCGCCAGGCUCUCAUGCCCGUCACCCCUCAAGCCAGUAUUUGCACUUCUCCGGGGCAAGGGAAAGAUCACAAAGAUUUGUCUACUAGUAUCUCCGUAUCUAAUUGUCAGAUCCAGGAAAAUGUGGACAUCAGUACUGUUUACCAGAUCUUUGCAGAUGAGGUGCUUGGUUCAGGCCAGUUUGGCAUUGUUUAUGGAGGAAAACAUAGGAAGACUGGAAGGGAUGUGGCUAUUAAAGUAAUUGAUAAGAUGAGAUUUCCCACAAAACAGGAAAGUCAACUCCGUAAUGAAGUGGCUAUUUUACAGAAUUUGCACCAUCCUGGGAUUGUAAACCUGGAAUGCAUGUUUGAAACCCCAGAACGAGUUUUUGUAGUAAUGGAAAAGCUGCAUGGAGAUAUGUUGGAAAUGAUUCUGUCCAGUGAGAAAAGUCGACUUCCAGAACGAAUUACUAAGUUCAUGGUGACACAGAUCCUUGUUGCUUUGAGGAAUCUACAUUUUAAAAAUAUCGUGCACUGUGAUUUAAAGCCAGAAAAUGUGCUACUCGCAUCAGCAGAGCCGUUUCCUCAGGUGAAGCUGUGUGACUUUGGUUUUGCGCGCAUCAUCGGGGAAAAGUCGUUCCGGCGGUCUGUGGUAGGAACCCCAGCGUACUUAGCCCCGGAGGUUCUCAGAAGCAAAGGCUACAACCGUUCUCUAGACAUGUGGUCAGUGGGAGUGAUUGUCUACGUGAGCCUCAGUGGCACAUUUCCUUUUAAUGAAGAUGAAGAUAUAAAUGACCAAAUCCAAAAUGCUGCAUUUAUGUAUCCACCAAAUCCAUGGAAAGAAAUUUCUCUUGAAGCAAUUGAUUUGAUAAACAACCUACUUCAAGUGAAGAUGAGAAAACGUUACAGUGUGGACAAAUCUCUUAGUCAUCCCUGGCUGCAGGACUAUCAGACUUGGCUUGACCUUAGAGAAUUUGAAACUCGCAUUGGCGAACGUUACAUUACACAUGAAAGUGAUGAUGCCCGCUGGGAAAUACAUGCGUACACACACAACCUUGAAUACCCAAAGCACUUCAUCAUGGCUCCCAAUCCAGACGACAUGGAAGAAGAUCCUUAAUUAUCAACGAGCUAACUUCAAUAAGGAAAGAUUUCAUUUUAUGGACUGAUAUUUUGCUGCACAACUGUUGUUCUUUGGAGGCUGUCAUCUGCAAGGAUGCAAAGACAUGAGGAAAUGUGAUAAGGAACCAGUGACACCAAUACUGUAGUUCAUGAGUAGGUACAAGAGGGGAAACAGUGAUAAAGACAUAUAGUGACACCAAGAUGAAGCUUUUCAUAAAUUUUUAGAGCAUAAGAAAUAACUUUUUUUGUAUUUUGUUUUUUUCCUAAUCCUUCACUUUAGUACAAUAGUGGCACUUAAUUUAUCUUCCCUUUCCUGUUCUUAUAUUAUUUUCAAGAAAGGGGACAGAUGGGCAAGCUAGGAUCCAGUUAUUGCAUAGCUUGAUUAAAUCAUACAAGAGUUAUAAGGUUGAUUACUAAACAAAUUUAAAGAGAUAUCAGAGAGGCUGCUGGCAUAUGAUUUCCUAUAAAGACUUUAAACAUUUACCGUAUUUAACUGACCCUAGAGGAGGUUUUUUUUAUAUCCACCUAAAAAAGGAAUGCUGGACUAUUUUACCUUUCUUUUUUAGGUCAAUCAGGACUCUAAAACAGUGAUCUCUAACUGUUUGGGAGUUGAAACUCUGAAUAUGCUCUCUAUAACAUAAAAGUUGUCACCUUUUGUUAUAAUAGCCUCUAAGGUAAUUUUGGACAACUGAUGCUACAAAACCAGGAACUGCUGAUCUGAGUGAUGAGUUACUGUGUAUGUCUUCUCAUAGCUCAACUCUGCUGCUAAUAAAUUAUGUUCCCACUGACACCACUAUGAUGCCACAAUUAGAUUCCAGCAUCCAAUGGGUAUAGCUCUAAACUAUAAUUAUAUAAUUUAUCUUAACACAGGGUAGACUAAUUUGAGGGAGGAAAUUAAAUAUAUACUAAAAGUAACACCAGUGCAGGGUCAGUUAAAACUAUAGAAAAGAAUAGCAAACAGUGUCCUUUUUUUUUUUCUUCCCUUAGCUUAUUGGAAGGCUGUGCAGAUGUCUAGAGUGUUUUUAAAUCAAGUUAUUUUAAACAGUUUGGGUUGAGCAUAAAACCCUUAGAAGGGUAGGGCUAUAUGACCAGCAGAGCAAAUGAAAGGAUAAGUAUUUUUAAAACAUUUCAACUCCAGCAGCCAGCUAAAUAAGUUUUUUCUACUGAUGUAAGAGAUUAGACUUCAUAGCUUUUUAAAAAUUAUUUAAUAGUUUUCCCCAAAAAAUUUUAAUAUCUGGAACUUAUAAAAUCAAUGGCUUUUUGUUUCUUCAUUCUUCAUUAAUCAUUGUAAACUUUUUUCCCCCCUCCAAAGAGCAGAAGAUUUGGAAUUAGAAGAUCGGGUUUAAGUCUUACAAAGACUUGGCUCCCUUUAUUAGUUAUGUUGGUCUGGCCAGGUGACAAUUUGUCUGAGCCUGGAGUUCCUCAACCUACAAAAUGAAGAUCAUAAUUCUUGCCUCUACCUUCCUCACAGUGUUGUUUUAAAGAUGUUAUAUAUGAAUAAGCUAAAAACUAUAAAAGUGUUCAUUGUCACUGCCCACUGAACUAGAGGUAGCAAAGGAAAAGAUUGUUCCUCUUUUAACGAAGAGUCUGAGACCUUUUCACAAUCUUUGAGCAGUAGCAAGCGUGCAGUGUUGCUCUUUUGAGUUCUUUAGAUGUUACCUUCCACUCACAACAGUCAUGAGCUAAGUGCAUAAUGAGCCCCAUCUCACAAACAGGGAAAUUGAGGCACCGGGAGAUUAACUAGCUGCCGACGUUCACACGGUUAGUUUUUGAGCCCAGUCCCUUCUGACCGUUCUGUCAUCCUGCUUCCCCAUAAAGGUCUCCGGCAGACAGUCCAUGUCCCUCAGUAUUUCACUCUCAGAGUCUACAAAACCUUUUAGAAAUGUGUUUUCCCUAGGAUAGAUGACUUCCCCAAAUUUCUCCAAAGUCUGUUUAUAUCAGUGUGCUAAAAAGGAGUCAGCAGGCAUCCUAUUAUGGUUUUACUACAUAAGGUGAAAAUUAACUGGAAUGGUAUUUGCUAUACUUAUAUAAUCAAAUGAUACAAGCCAUGAAAUUAUUGCACUCUUUUUGUUGUUGAAUGCCUAAAAAGUUUUCUAAAUUUGUAAAGGCACUGUCAGAUAAUUUGGAGUUGAGUAAUUACUCCAGAAACUGUAUAACCUGCAUAACCUUUUUUGUCUUGAAAUCAGUUGUGUUUGUAUAAAAAAUUGUGAGAAACAUUUGAUAAUGUACAAAGUAGUCUAUAAUGACACUGUUCAGUACAUUUUUAUAUUUUUUGUUACAUCCCACUUUUUGUAAAUAUCCUCAAAAAAGCUUAAUAAUAAAAUGUAUUUCCAUAUCACCAUACUUUUCCAUGUGGAAACCUGAGCCUAUCUCUAGUCGAGAUAUCCAAAGAAAAUUUUAUUUCGUUGUGUUAUUUCCCCAGGCUUUGGUAAGAGAACUAUUUUGGAAAUAGUAUUUGUAAAUGGAACUAAUGCUAUAUUUAAGAACAAUGAUUUUUUUAACUGCCUAAAAUAAAUAACUCAUUAUUGUAAUUUGAUAUGCAA